AUGGCCAAAUCUGAGGAAGGUGAUGAUGGUCCUAAGAAACAAUCCAGAGAGGAUUGGAAAAAAAUGAAAGAAUUAGAUGAGAUGAGAAAAGCUGGUACAGCACCUGCUAUGCAAGAUGAAGAAGGAAGGGAUAUAAAUCCACAUAUACCUCAGUAUAUCAUGCAAGCACCAUGGUACUAUGGUUCUACAUCAGCAACAUUAAAACAUCAGAGACCACAAGAAGAAAAACAUAAAUCAUAUAGUACUAUGAAUGAAUGGUAUAAGAAAGGAAUCAAAGACGGUCCUGUUGCUACUAAAUUUCGUAAAGGUGCUUGUGAAAAUUGUGGAGCAAUGACACACAAAAAGAAAGAUUGUCUGGAGAGGCCAAGAAAGGUAGGAGCUAAAUAUACUGGUGAAUCUAUAGCUCCUGAUGAAUAUAUUCAAGAUAAUCUAGAUUUUGAUUAUGAAGGUAAGAGAGACAGAUGGAAUGGUAUUAAUACAGAAGAACAUAGACAGAAGUUAUUUGAAGAACAUAAUAAAAUAGAACUAGCAAAACGGGUAUUAAAAGAACAGAAAUUAGAUGCAGGGAUAGAAGCAGGAGAGGGUGCUAAAGAUGAAGAUGCUAAAGAUGAAGAUGAUGCUGAAGUAGCUAGUGAUGAUGAAGAUAAGUAUGCUGAUGAUAUGUUGAUGCCUGGUCAGAAAUUUGAAACAAAACAAAGAAUUACAGUUAGAAACUUACGAAUAAGAGAAGAUACUGCCAAAUAUUUAUACAAUUUAGAUUUGAAUUCAGCUUUUUAUGAUCCUAAAACCAGAUCUAUGAGACAGAAUCCAUUUGAGAAUAGUGGUAAAGACAAGGCAGAUCUUCACUAUGCUGGUGAUAAUUUUGUCAGAGUUUCUGGUGAUGCUUAUGAAAUGUCUAAAGAACAAUUAUUUGCAUGGGAAGCUUAUGAAAGAGGUGUUGAUGUACAUAUACAGGCAGACCCUACUAAACUAGCCUUAUUAAAAAAAGAGUUCAUUCAGAGGAAAGAUACAUUUAAAGAAACUGCUAAGCAAUCUAUAUUAGAUAAAUAUGGUGGAGAAGAACAUUUAGAAGCUCCACCCAAGGAAUUAUUACUAGCUCAAACUGAAAAUUAUGUAGAAUAUUCUAGACAUGGUUCUGUGAUAAAAGGACAAGAAAAAGUAGCCAUUAAAUCACGUUAUGAAGAAGAUGUACAUAUUAAUAAUCAUACAAGUGUAUGGGGUUCCUAUUGGUUUAAUGGUCAAUGGGGUUUUAGUUGUUGUCACUCUCUAGUUAAAGAAUCCUAUUGUACUGGUGAGGCUGGCAAACAAGCUUCAUCAAGUAAGGAAUUAAUGUUACAACAACAAAAAGAAUAUGAUGCGGAAGAAACACCUAAAUCUUUAAUGGAGAAACGAAAGAAGAAAAAGAAAAAGGAAAAGAAGAAGAAAAAGAAGAAGAAGAAAAAUAAAGAUAAUUCUGAUAGUGAUAGUAGUGAAUCAGAUGAUUCUGAAGAAAAAUUGAAGAAGGCUUUGAAGAAAGAAGAUGCACACAACCGAGAUAUUGAGAAAUUAAUGGCAUUAGAUGAAAGAAAGCGACCAUAUAACAGCAUGUUUGAAGCGAAGGAACCCACAGAAGAAGAAAUGCAGGCAUAUUUAAUGAAAAAACGACGCCUUGAAGAUCCUAUGGCUGCUUUUUUAACAAAAUAA